CGCUUUCUCUUCACACUCCCAGCUUCCAACAACAGCAAAACCUCUAGACCCUCCGAUCACCUUGCCGCCGGCAGCGCACCGCGCAUAAAAUGGCAUCCGCCAUGACGCAACAGCACCGGGGCCGCGCCAUUCUCCAGCUAGCAGCCGUGCUGCUCCUGGCCUCGCCGGCAGCAAUGCUGGCGGCCGCCGGCGCCUGCGAGAGCGCGACGUUCCCGGCGGGCAAGAGCUACACGACGUGCUCAGACCUCCCGACCCUCGGCGCCACGCUGCACUGGACCUACGACGCGGCGGAUUCGUCGCUCUCCCUGGCCUUCACCGCCAAGCCGGCCGCAACCGGUGGCUGGGUGGCGUGGGGGAUCAACCCCACCGGCGACGGCAUGAAGGGCGCGCAGACGCUGAUUGCCUUCAAGCAGACCGGGGCCUACGUCGUGAACACGUACAACCUUACUGGGUACGGCCCGCUCGGCGCUGCGUCGACGCCCAUCGCGUACGAGGCCACCGAGCUCGCCGCCGACGACGGCGACAACGGAACGGUGCGGCUCUACGGCAAGCUGCAGCUGCCCAAGGGCAUGGUGACAGUGAACCACAUCUGGCAGGUGGGGUCGGCGGUGGCCAGCAACGCGCCGGCCAAGCACGCGUUCGGACAGGAGAACCUGGACGCGAAGGGCAGCCUCUCGCUCACCGGCGCCGAUGCGCCGGAGGCCGCGCCGGCUCCGGUGGCCGGUGCCCCGUUGUCCGGUGAGUCUGGGGACAUGGAGACGCAGGUGGCGGCGUCGCCCGCGCCGUCCGGUGGGAAGCCGUCGCCUUCGCCGUCGGCGGCCGCGUACGCCUCGUCUCCGGUGCUGGUCGUGCUUCUGGCACUAGCGGGUUUCUUGGCGAUUGUAUGAUCUCGGUGAGCCCCGGAGAGAAGAUCUGUCCCUCCCGUGGAAGGACGUAGGAUCGACCUUGUUUCGUUUCUUGGACACCGAUGCUACAUAUUUUUUGUUUAUUUAUUAUUUGUCUGGAUUGAAAUAAAAGUGAUUGUCAAUAGAGUGUUUUGUACAA